AUGGCACUACCAACUCAAAAUUCUCGUCGCACGGUCCGUCUGCCUCUGAGCUCAACCGGUCAUCCUCUUCCUCGCAGAACAUCACCAUCCAACUCUGUGACCUUGAUCCACCACCAGCUCGCCCGAGAUGCUUCACUCCGAGCAAGUCCCGGGUCGGCAGUGGCCAGAGCAAAUAAGGCUACCGGCUCGCCGCGACGUAAUUCUUCGGGCGACAGUCACGAAACCGGUCAGAGCGAUCCCAAUAAGUGGUUUGAUCAGUCCAACCAGAACCCAACGGCGACUUUUGACGGAGCGAUGGAUGUUGAUCCUCCAUUUUUCCAGAAAGAGUCGGAUUCCUCGAACGACGACAAGCUCUAUGCCUACCAAAAUCCACCUCUACAACCGUUACUCAACACGCAACACAGUAGCAGUGCCGAUGAUUACCGCAGCGUCAUCGACGACCUCACAAUCGAGAUACAGAAGUUGAAGGAAGAAUUAAAGAAAUAUAAGCAGAGAGGUCCGGACAUGUUGAGGAAGGACAAACUAUUUGAAAUCAAAUAUCACGGCCUUCCCAAACGAAAACGCAGGGAGCUCGAGACGACCCUUCGCGAUUUUGCGGCGAGCAUCGAAGAUUCUCCAGAUGUAUCAUCCUCGCAACGGAAGAAGUCGUCGAGACACGCCACCCGGGACAACAUGUAUUCCGGCUCUGGCUCUGCAUCCAAGCAUGCCUCAUCGUCGUCGGGCUCUAACGCUAGGCCGGUCGAUUCAGCUUACGCGUCAAUGUCCAGCGGUGCCAACUCAGCUGGCGUGUCACUCGGACGUCCUGCCAUGAGCUCUCGCGCUAGAAACGAUCAAAAGGUGGAAAGCUACUUGCGGGACAUCCCCGAGGGCUUAUAUCCCCGACACAUGGUGCUGACCGAUAGAGAACGAAAAAAGCUCGUCGUCAGACGCUUGGAGCAGAUUUUCACUGGUAAAAUGGGAGGCCGGCACGCGAGGAAAGCUGGACAACGCCAAAAUGCCAACGCUUCCCUCGUGAGCUCGGCAACUGCUGAACCAGAACCCCAGCCUCGAAGUCUCAAGGAUCAACGGCCUACUUCUGGUACUACGGGAGCGGAGCUCUGCAGGGAAGCGAGGAUUUUGCCGUCAGAGCAACUUUCCGGUACCUGUGGCAAGAAAACUCAAUCCAGAGACAACGCAUCGGCUUCCAACUCCAACGGUGAUCAGACAGAAUCAGGCGGCCAUGGCAACAGUAGUCGAUCAGGUACCAACCCGUCCCCAACACAACCAACAGCUCCGGAUCAACGACCUACACGUGUUAAUGAUCUGGAUCCCGACCGCAUCCAGGUGCCUUCGGAAAAUAUGGACUACAUCCGCCAUUUGGGUUUGGUUCCCCCGGGACUCCUGGUGGAUCCGUCAAAGAACGCUGAAGUUCAACCAGACGCUGAUGGUUGGGUCUAUUUGAAUUUGCUGUGCAACAUGGCGCAGUUGCACAUUGUCAAUGUUACUCCAAGUUUUGUGCGAGCCGCGGUGACGGAGAUCAGCACCAAGUUUCAGCUCUCGUCCGAUGGCCGCAAAAUUCGCUGGCGCGGCGGCAGUGAUGGCACACAGUUUUCCAGUGACAGCUCUAAUGAUAGUUCUCAAACAACGCCCGAGGUCGAUGACGCUGCGAGCAAAGACGGCAAACGUAAAAGACAGAGGACUGGCAAGUCUGCUGGGUACGAAGAUCAAUCAGGCGGAAGCUCAAAAAGUCAGUCCAAAUUCGGGCCUCAAAUAUCCACAUCAUCCGACAGCUUUCACUACAAGCCGUUAUUUGCUCACAACGGCUCUCCCAAUGGGCAAAUAUCCCUGGAUGAUACGCUCUCAUCCUUCGGUCCCAUUGACGACAGCAACGUGGACGAAUCGCGAUGGGGUUUAAGCGGUUCGGGUACCUCUAACCGCAGGAAGCGCCGGCACGACGGUGUCAUCAUUUACUAUAGUGGUGCGCCCUUCUGUACAGAUCUUUCUGGUGAUCCGGGCGAUGCGUCUCCAGCGACAUACAUGCUCUCGAGUGGCCAAGACCGGAAAGAGCAUGAUUGCCAUCAAUUCGACCGGCCCAUUCCACAUCGAUCCGCAUCCGGGUCUUCUCUUGGCUAUCGACCCUUGAGCGACAUGUACCAUGGCUGCCAUGCCGGCGUCAAAAUGGACGUCGACAGCGUCGAUUGUGUUCCUGAUCUGGGAAAUGAGUCGGAUUCAGACUCGGGUAUUAUUGACUCUGAAUUCCCAUGGGCUACCGGGCAACAGUACAUAGGGGUUAUUCCGCUAGAGCCCUGCGGCCUUGGCGGGGUGAUGCCAGAUGACCACUUCAUGGUCGUCGUCACAACGAAACGACCUAAAGACGACACCGUUUCAGAACUCGUCUCCUCCACGCGGAAGAAGUCUGAGGAAGCUACAGAAGUCAUCAUCGGGAGACUGGCCAGCAUGUCAACAUCAUCCCCGGUGCCGGUAGCCUCCUCCCAGAAAGUCGGUCCUGUCGAGAUAGAAUAUGUGUCUGGAAGAAUCAAGCGACUCGCUCCCGUGUCGCUCCCUCCUCCCGUCAUUUUCCUACCGCCGUUUAGCAGCGAUGCUUCCAGCUCCAUUGGUGAUGAUUACAUGUCGGAAGAUGCUGACGAGUCACUCGAAUCCUCCGAGGAGUUGAUGAGCCGUCAAGCCAACCCACACCAUUCCGACGGGUAUCCGGAUGGGGUCGAUUUAAGCAGUGGCGAUGAAGAUGGCGAAGACCCAGAUGAAAAUUUAGAGGAGUUGAAGAUGUACGACAAGAUGGAGUCCGCCGACGUGCCAGGAUUUGCUCGGCCAAAGUCUAAGCGACAGUCCAUCGGCAGCGCCGAAGCUGCCCCGGGUAGUGCAAGAGAAAGAAGUAAAAGUGCUAGCGCUGAUGCCUUAUUUCGGACUGGGGCGAGCUCUGCGGCCACAGCGGGAGUGAGAAGCGGCUAUACUAGUAGCGACAAGGAAAACUGA